GAGAGCUUUGCAGUCGCCAUUUAGGCAGUGGCACURGCAGCGGCUGGAGUCAGUCCGUCCGUAAGAGCAGAGAGAGAGRCGCUGCGAUCCAGCCAGGAGCGGCAUCCACGAUCCAGAUUACCCCCCUAGCUGAGCAAGUGACACACGGAGAAACAUGCCUGAGCAAAGCAAUGAUUACAGGGUGGUUGUGUUUGGAGCUGGAGGAGUGGGAAAAAGUUCUUUGGUCUUGAGAUUUGUGAAGGGCACUUUCAGAGAGAGCUACAUCCCUACCAUUGAAGACACCUAUCGGCAGGUGAUCAGCUGUGAUAAGAGCAUAUGCACCUUGCAGAUAACUGACACUACAGGGAGCCAUCAAUUUCCAGCCAUGCAACGUCUCUCUAUUUCUAAAGGACAUGCUUUUAUUUUGGUUUACUCUAUCACCAGCCGGCAGUCCUUGGAGGAACUGAAGCCAAUCUACGAACAAAUCUGUCAGAUCAAAGGAGACAUAGAAAGCAUUCCGAUAAUGCUGGUGGGGAACAAAAAUGAUGAGAACCAAAAUCGAGAGGUAGAAAGUAGUGAAGGAGAAGCCAUGGCUAAGAAGUGGAAAUGUGCCUUCAUGGAGACUUCUGCCAAGACRAACCACAACGUGAAAGAGUUGUUCCAAGAAUUGCUAAACCUAGAGAAACGCAGGACUGUGAGUUUGCAAAUUGAUGGCAAAAAAAGCAAGCAACAGAAAAGGAAGGAGAAGCUGAAAGGCAAAUGUGUGGUGAUGUGAAAUUGCACUGUCAGAAAUCAGCUUUGAAGUCUCAUCUGACAAUACGCAUGUAAAACCCAUAGACAGCAAACAACCAUGCAAGAUCMUAUUUAUUAGUAUCUGUUUUAAAAGAAGUAUUUGGAAAUUGAAAACAUGAAGUACUAUGAUUGCUAUGAUAAAAUUUGAAAAGCAAAAAAGUGUGUACUCUUGCUAUCAAUUAAAAUAAAUCAGGAAAAGAUGUCCCAGAAUACCUUAUUUUGUACUUCACAAGAAAGAAGAAAUUUCAUCAUUCACAUAAUGUGAAAGAUUURGAUAGCCAACUUAAUAUUAUUUGCAGUGGCAUAUAAUUGCAAGAAAAAGCAAAGAAAAACAAAUGGUUGUGAAGAAACCUAGAACAUACAAACACAUGCUGGAUGGCAUUAAUAAUUUCUUUCAAGAAUACUGUGGACAAACAAUUCUGUGCCAUUUUCAUGACAGACUGGUAGGAGAAUGUGCAUAAGACAGUCUUGGAUCUGCUAAAUAAAGGAACUGUUGCACAGUAAAAGGAAGUGUGGGGAUAUCAGUCAAAAGGACAGAUAUUGUCUCUACCCUCCCAGCACGAUAUUUCUUUCUAGAGUGAUGCAGUGUAUUAACUGAAGGUUGUGGAAAAGCCAGUCCCUGUAAGAAAUCAUCUUCUCUGGACUCAUUGCUUCAAGAACGACCUGAGUUUCUGGCCCAAAUAUAUUUCAGAAAACAGGUGUUUGUGGAGAAUGCCAGAUAAAAUGGUGUAUAUAUAAAACCAGAAUCCUUCCCCGAGGAGAACUGGAUGGGGAAUCUCCUAUGAAAUCCUCUGUGGGAAAGACUCAGUUCUAAUGCUGCUGCUGCUGGUUAAAUGAACACAUGGUGUGGUUAGUGAAUGGAUGGAGUAUCUUUUAAAGUGGUGUUACCCUUUGAGAGGGGUUGGAAUACUAUAUGUUUUUAUUCUAAUUUCAGAUUAGCUGAGUUAUGCUUCUUUACAUUACUGUAUUCCAGUUAAAAGGGUUUAUGUUCAUGCACUACAAGAYCUAUUGCCUUUAUAUUGUUUGAAGUAUUUUAUAUUCACCAUUUAAACCCAUGAUUUGARCUGCUGUGACUUCUUAUAGAGCCAAAUCCAUAUCUGAAUAUAGGGCCUACCACUGUCUCUAUAAGAAGGUUUUCUGGGAUAAGCAUUAUAGUAUUUGGCAUAUUUAGAGUUACAGUCAUACAGUAUUAUGYGUUAUAAUACAAUACAAAGUUCAGAAUAGAAAACAUAUUACUUAAAACAUUCUGUCAGGGGAAACUGCUCUUCUCAAAACCUUGGAAGGGGGAAAAAUGGUACAAAAUGUGAGCUUUCCUGGAUAUCUCUCCAAAACUUCUUUAAAAACAAAUAUGAACAACUGAAGUAUUUAUCCUAAUGAUAAGAAAGUCCAUCUAAGAUAAAAUAAGCACAUACAAUUUUUAAAGGACACAUUAAAAUUGCAUAAGUCACAAUUUGUACUUAGGAACUGCUUUGAACCAAUAAAAAGAGCCUAUCAUAUUUUUAACAAAUGUUUAUGUCAAGAAAAUAGAAAAUUAAGUCAAGUACUAAUAUUAUUAGCCUGCAUGUUAUUGCAGCAUAAAUAUCUUCCAGGGGAUGCUCAGAUGCAGUAUUUGCAUUAAAAAUUGCUACCUUGUUCCUUUCAGAGUUACUGCUUGCCUAAUUUCCACCUUUCUAACAAAUGCACAGGCAUUUCAGAGCUAGAGUAAUAGUGUACACUAGAAUUGCUACUAGCACUGUCUAGAAAGGAGCACAACUUCUGUCAUUCAUUCAGAAGAAAUUCUGGCACCAGUAGAAUUGAGCGUGAAACUCCUACUGAUUUCAAAGCAACAAUAUUUCUUGUGUUGACUUCAUUGCAUUAGGAGAGAAAACUGAAAAGAGCAUGCAAAAAGCURAUGCUCUUCAUUAACAGUAAAUUCCAGGCUCUUUCACAAGACUUUCUCCAUAAAUUUCAAAUCACUUUGCAAAAAUGAAAACAUCAUUAUCUUAACUUCUCAGGUGGUGAAAUUGAGGCAUGAAGAGAGGAAACAACUGCACAUAGGUUGUCCAGUGGGGAGAGUGGCAGACCAGGGACAAAAGCAGAUCUCCUCUGUCACAGUCCAGUGCUCACUCUGUGUUUUUGUCAGACUGUCUCUUCUCAUUCUUAAAUAGUUCCUGAAACACAUAAAGAAGCCUGGUUUAACUUACACAGCCAAGUGCAUCUUUCUUGACAGUCUGUCAAUAAAUCAAAUGUUAUUUCCAGAUCAGGGAUGCAAAACACUUAAAAGCACUAUAUUUAGUAAGACUUUUAUAAAUGUUUAUACAUGACUCUGUUUGUAAAAAAAAAAGUGCUGGUGAUAUUCAAUGUCACAGCACUGGAUUUCAUAGAAGAAGCUGGAAAAUCAGAGGAAUGAACAACCUUAAGGCAUAAUGGGUCACAUUUGAGGUCGAGGUUGAAAGCAGAGAGGUUGCCCUCAGAUGCUAACACACCAGUGCCAAAGGUCAUCAUGCAUGGCACAUGCCUUAGCAGCCAGCAAAGAAUAAUAACAGAAUCUCAAAGAGAAAAAAAAAAAAAGCUAUAUAUAGAACCUUUCAACAUUAUUGCUUUAACUUGAGGAAUUAUUUACAUAGUUAAAUAUCUUGCAGAAGUACAGUACAGGGGAUCUGAAUUAUAUAAAAUGUACUGACUGCAAAGWUAUUACAGGCUGAAAUUUAGCCCUGGACUUGUUUUUUUUGAAUGUGCCUCAUAGCAAAAAUAAAAUAAUUGUAUAGCAAAGAUGGAAAUAAAAUAAGUAGCUGUCAAUGUUAGGCUUGAGGACCAUUUCCUUUAGUUCCCAGUUGACUCCUCACCUGCUACAUAAUAAGCCAUGAAGUAUUUCAUGGACUUGCAUGUAUCAAAGCAAGGCCAGAACAGAAGCAAUAUUACUCAAGGACCACAGACUCAAAAGAAAGCAUAUUUUAUACCCUUGCAUUGCCAUCCUAGUUUAUACUAUUAGAUUUUACGUAUAUUGCAUACUUGUGAGCUGGUUUAAAAUGUUUGUUUUGCUAUUACAUAUAGAAUUAUUUUUUUUAAUAUGAAAAAAAUAAGGUAGAUGAAGAAAUUAUAAGGUUUUAUUACAUUUUGUGUUUAAUUUGGGAAUGUGGUAUAAUAAACAGUUUAAAAUGUAUAUAAAAAAUAUUUAAAACAUGUAAGGUCUACAGUGAAUUUUAGCACCCAGAAAACACAAUCUAGCCAAAAUGAAUCCUUAAAAUGCAUGACUUUUAUAUGUAGAUAUGUAAUAUUAAGGUAUAUUGUUGUCAUGAAAAUAUGUUGUUGCAAUUUCWUUAGCAAAUAUUUUAUUUUAAAACUGGAUAUGAAGUCAUUUGUGUCUACUAGUUUCCAUGUUUGUGGUGAUGUUCUGAAUAUUCAAAAUAAAGUUUUAAAUCCUAACACAAGUU